AUGCUCGAUAAACGGUCAACCAUUCUGACUAUCCUCCUCAUGCCGGAUGCUCCAGCUUAUCCUCCAGCCCGCGCGCUGCACAAUUUCUCCCCUCAAUGGUUCCUCAUCCCCCAAGGGACCGGCAUCAUCUCGGUCAUCCUUCACCAACUCGACUACCAGUUUGAUGGACUGCGUAUCAUCGCCAAGAUUGUCUGGAUCUACACCAUAGCUCUCCUCGGCAUCGCUCUCUUGCUGUACCUCCUGCGACUCACCCGCUACCCCAAAUACGUCGCCUACGAGCUGCGACAUGACCUCAUCGAGACCUCGUGCCUGGCCAGCAUCGCCAUCACAUACACAACCAUCAUCCAGAUGGCCUCGCUGCAGUACGGAGCCAGCCACGGCGUCGCAGUCGGCGUCUACGCGCUCUGGUGGAUCGACGUCUUCCUCUCCACCCUCGCCAUCAUCGCCAUCCCCUACACGCAACUCAAGCUGCAGCCCAGCGCCACCGAGCACGUCCCCCCAGCCAUCCUGCUCCCCCUCAUCGCCGCGCUGACCUGCGCCGCAGGCGGAGGCGCAAUCUGCAGCUCGGCCGCCCUCAGCGCUCGUCUGCAAGUCCCGCUCAUCAUCGUCUCGUACCUGCUCGUCGGCGCGGGCAUCACCCUCGCCGUCGGCUACGACGCCGUCAUCCUCUUCCAGCACUUCUCCGACUCGCAUCUGCCCGUGCAGAAGGUGUGGCAGGACAUGAUCCUGUGCGGGACGUUCGGGCAGGGCGGCUUCGCGCUGCAGAUCCUCGGGGCCGCGGUGCAGAAGAGUUUCCCUGCGUAUGCGCGCGGCACGCUGUUGACGGCGCAGGCGGCCGGCCCGAUUGCCGCGGUGAGCCAUAUUCUGCAUACGGUGGCGACGCAGCCGGGGGGGUUCAGGAAGACGACGUUUAGUAUGGGGGCUUGGUCGUUGGUGUUCCCUUGGGGGAUAUAUACGAACUGUGCGGUGCACUUUGGGAAAAUCAUGGAUUCGCCGGCGUUUUCGGUGUGGUCGACGGCGCUGCUGCUGAUGCUGGUUAUCAUUGCGGUUGUCUUGACUCUGUUGACCAUCAAGGGAAUCAUUACUGGGAAGGUCCUGGGAUUGGAGCAUGGGUGGAGAGAGAGAGCGCAUCAAGAUAAGGAAGCUUGA